AUGAUCAUAAGGAACAAAAAUCCAAGCUCACCCCACAUUUAAAUGGCCUUGUAAUUAAGAGAGCGGGGAGGAAGGUCUGCCGACUGCUUUCAUGGAGGCGGUGGGUCGAAUCCACUUGAAUUCAAACAGACACAUACUGUUCUUCAGGCCAUGGUCUCAGAGUUUCAGAAUUCCAAACGCAUCAUUUUUUUCUUUCGCUUUAAAAGAAACAUCCGAAGAAGAAAAGCCCAAAAGCAAGAAAAGUAAACAAAGCUUUACUGAUCGGAUAUCCGCAGUUAUUGACAAGCUUCAUGACAGAAAACUCCCUCCAGAGAUUCGAGGAAGGCCUAAUGUAAUCAAAUCUGAAACUGAUUUGAUUAAUAUUGUAGAACGGCGUAUAUGGCGCUCCAUGGAGGAGGGCCAGUUUGAGAACUUGCCUGGCAAAGGCAAACCUCUGAAUCCGAAUUCAAAUCCACAUGCGGAUCCUGCUGAGGACACUUUGUACAGAGUACUUUCAAAAAAUGGAUUUGCUCCAGAAUGGGUUGAGCUCAACAAAGAGAUUCGCCUUCAAAUUGCAGAGUGGCGUAAAGCCCUUAGAAAAUUACGGACAAGCAGAUUGACCAAUGGUGACAUGAACUGGGAAGAGAAUUCAGCAAGAUUGCAAGAACUUCUUCAUGACAUUAAUAAUAAGGUCUUUCGUUACAACCUUAUAGCUCCAUUUGGGCGCCAAAUGUUUGGUUUCAAAUGGGAGAAGGAGCUCCAACAGAUUGAGCUCCCAGAUUCAUAAAAAUGUCAGUAAGAGCAUCCAAAAUCACAGCAUCAGGAUUCCAAGCUGUGUUUAGCCACUUGUUGAGAACUCUAAAAUUAGAUUAUAUGUGAAGUUUAGGAUUUCUUUCUCAUAUAUUGAACACGCUAUUGGAAUUUCAUUAUAGAACAUGUAAUAAAGCUGGAAUAAUUUUUCCACA